CAGAGCUAUGUUUCCUCCUACGAUCCGCGCAACUCGAGUAGUCUGGUAAUCAUGGCGACUGUAGUGGAGGUGGAGAGUGCGAAACAAUUCGAGGAGAUUCUGGAAAAGGCAAAGAAAUCAUUGGUUGUAGUCCACUUCUGGGCACCAUGGGCUGUACAGUGUACUCAAAUGAAUGAAGUUUUGAAUGAAUUGGCCAAAGAAUAUGCACAUGUUGUGUUUAUAAAGCUUGAAGCUGAAUCCGUUCCAGAGAUAUCUGAAAAAUACGAAAUUAGUGCUGUACCAACAUUCCUGUUUUUUAAGAACUGUCAGAAGAUUGAUCAACUAGGUGGUGCUCAUGCUCCUGCUUUAACUAAAAAGGUUCAGCAGCACAGUGAAACUGCUAAACAAGAUCUGAAUGAUCAGUUGAGAAAACUUAUAAAUUCAGCACCUUGUAUGCUAUUUAUGAAGGGAUCACCUCAAGAACCUCGAUGUGGCUUUAGCAAACAAAUUGUGGGAAUCCUCAAUGGACAUAAUAUACGCUUUAGCACUUUUGAUAUUCUUUCUGAUGAAGAUGUGCGUCAGGGACUAAAAGUUUACUCUAACUGGCCCACAUAUCCUCAACUGUAUGUGAAUGGAGAACUGGUGGGAGGACUUGACAUAGUAAAGGAACAAGCUGAAUCUGGUGAACUAGACAAAAUUUGCCCAAAGGAAAUGGGACUAGAACAGAGGUUGAAAGCACUGAUAAAUAAAGCAAAAGUGGUUCUUUUUAUGAAAGGCGACAAAAUGUUGGCAAAGUGUGGAUUCAGUCGUGCCAUCAUUGAAAUACUAAAUGAAACUGGUGUUGACUAUGAAACCUUUAACAUUCUGGAAGACGAAGAAGUGAGGCAGGGAUUAAAGACGUUUUCCAACUGGCCAACGUAUCCACAACUUUAUGUGAAUGGCGAGCUUAUUGGAGGGCUCGAUAUUGUAAAGGAAUUGAAAAAUAAUGGAGAGCUUCUUUCAAUAUUAAAAGAAGAAGCUGCCAGUUAAAAUUUUAUGGACGAGCGCAACUGCCUUGAACUUGUAUUUGUUUACUUUAAAAGUUAUUAUUCAAUGACAAUAAUAUAGUCUAAAGCCAGGUAAUACAAUGGCGGGUGUAAAUCAUCUUUGAUGUUUUAAUGCUUCUGUAAUAUUUCAUGAAUAACAUUCUAGCAUGAAGGGAGAAACAUGCUGAAACAAUGAUCAAAUGUUAUACUCUUAUUUCAAUAAAACAUUAUUGUGUUA